GGCAUCUCUAGUUGGCAAUUUCGCAGCGUCGAGUCGAGAGAGAUUCGAGCGCUAUAAUUUUUUCCGGAAGAAAAGCGAUAAAGUAUCUCAGUGCGAUUUUCCGUCGGCAAAUGAGUUUUGGCCAUUGUUCGAAAUUAGCAUAAACAGAGUGUCCCGUUGACUUGGCCAAAUGUGCGGCUGACACGGCCAAUGGAUCUGAGUCCUUUCUCGCCCCCCUCCACGUCACCCCACCCCACCGGCCGCAUCGAGCGAACAUGUGCCCCAUAACGCCCAUAGAGCUACUGUCCACGAUAAUCCUCGAAAAGCGCAAACUGCGGUCCUCGACAAAGCGGAAAAAGUAUCGCAAAUAACCGAACUCCAGUUCCUUCUCUUCCCCCCAACUCAUCCAUUUUCCGGAGGUUUCAGUUCGACGGGAAAUGUCGCUCAGGCCACUGCAGAGUUUCAAAAUCAAAAUUGAGGAAUACCAACUAGAGGAUAAGGCUACUUAAGGAUCAAAAAACACCAAGGAGACGAGAUUUUCUACCAAAUCGAGAGACGAGGGGCAGGUUAAUUUCGUCAUUUUUGGCCAAGACAGCAAAUAGAGGAACAGCAAAGCGAAAAUCAUUUUAUACCUCACACAACAACUACACACUAACUAAGAUUAGGCUACGCAACUGUACAUUGUACUUAAGUGUUCAAAGUAUAUUUAGUUUACUUUGUAUAUAAGAAAAGUAGCUAAAAGCACGCGGACAGGGAGGCAGGAGCACCACAGUCACUAGCCACUAAGCAGAGUCACAGUCACGAUCACGUUCACUCCAGGAUCAGGACUCGGGGCGGGAUCAGCAGACGCUGAGGAAGCUGCCACGAUGACGAUGAGUACAAACAACUGCGAGAGCAUGACCUCGUACUUCACCAACUCGUACAUGGGGGCGGACAUGCAUCAUGGGCACUACCCGGGCAACGGGGUCACCGACCUGGACGCCCAGCAGAUGCACCACUACAGCCAGAACGCGAAUCACCAGGGCAACAUGCCCUACCCGCGCUUUCCACCCUACGACCGCAUGCCCUACUACAACGGCCAGGGGAUGGACCAGCAGCAGCAGCACCAGGUCUACUCCCGCCCGGACAGCCCCUCCAGCCAGGUGGGCGGGGUCAUGCCCCAGGCGCAGACCAACGGUCAGUUGGGUGUUCCCCAGCAGCAACAGCAGCAGCAGCAACAGCCCUCGCAGAACCAGCAGCAACAGCAGGCGCAGCAGGCCCCACAGCAACUGCAGCAGCAGCUGCCGCAGGUGACGCAACAGGUGACACAUCCGCAGCAGCAACAACAGCAGCCCGUCGUCUACGCCAGCUGCAAGUUGCAAGCGGCCGUUGGUGGACUGGGUAUGGUUCCCGAGGGCGGAUCGCCUCCGCUGGUGGAUCAAAUGUCCGGUCACCACAUGAACGCCCAGAUGACGCUGCCCCAUCACAUGGGACAUCCGCAGGCGCAGGUCCAUCAGAACCAUCACAACAUGGGCAUGUACCAGCAGCAGUCGGGAGUUCCGCCGGUGGGUGCCCCACCUCAGGGCAUGAUGCACCAGGGCCAGGGUCCUCCACAGAUGCACCAGGGACAUCCUGGCCAACACACGCCUCCUUCCCAAAACCCGAACUCGCAGUCCUCGGGGAUGCCGUCUCCACUGUAUCCCUGGAUGCGAAGUCAGUUUGGUAAGUGUCAAGAACGCAAACGCGGAAGGCAGACAUACACCCGGUACCAGACUCUAGAGCUAGAGAAGGAGUUUCACUUCAAUCGCUACUUGACCCGUCGGCGAAGGAUCGAGAUCGCCCACGCCCUGUGCCUCACGGAGCGCCAGAUAAAGAUUUGGUUCCAGAAUCGGCGCAUGAAGUGGAAGAAGGAGAACAAGACGAAGGGCGAGCCGGGAUCCGGAGGCGAAGGCGACGAGAUAACACCACCCAACAGUCCGCAGUAGGAUCGACGGAGUCUACCCACUUAAAUGAAAUUUCUAUCUAAAUACAAUUUACGUUAGUUCGGAGAGCGCAAAUGAAUUUACUUCGAUCCCAGAGGACUAUCUAAUAACUAUCCAAUCCGUUGAACUUCGCGUGAACAAACCUAAACUAAACUAAACAAAGAGCAGAGCUGAGAACUCUACCUACAACUUAGUUAAUUGUUAUUAUUUUCUACUUAUUAUUUAAUUGUACACGAAAGGCAAGUGGGGAAAGCGAAAUAAGAUUAACGUAAAGAUAGCGAUUACGAUAAAGAUACAAGUAAAGCGUAAAACUCAAACAAAACCAACUCAUGUGACCUCAGAUCUAAAUAAGCUAUAUUUAACUAUAAUGCAUAUAUAUAUACACAUAAAUAUAUGGAUAACUAUAAAUGAUACCAAGUAAAGCUAAAGGCAAGGAGUUAUAUAUAAAUAAAUAUAUAUGAAGCAUAUAUAAUGUAACAUUAGAUCUACGCGUCAUAAGUACUAUACGAUUAACUUAUAUAUACACCCCAGCAUAAACCCUAAAACUAAACCUAAACAUUAAACUAAAUCAAUGUUUGUAGCAAUCCUAGCGCAAAAAUAUAAAAUAAAAUCCAAUAAAUAAAAAUAAAAAACAAAUGGCGUCAAAAUCCAUUGCAUGUUGGUUCAUAAAACCUAUACAUUUUUCAUAACUCUGAACAUGAUAACAGAAAACUUUGACCUAAGUGAAUGUCGCACUUUUAGACAAAGAAAUACCAAAACUACGAAAGAAGCGUUGCUUAAAGUGAAAUUAACGUUUUACACAUACAAUAAGAGUAAAACCUAUAAACUGGCAGAUGCUUAACUAUAAAUAGAAAGAACUCGCAAGAGAUUGGCCAACUUAAAAAAAAAUAGAUGUAUAUUUCUACGACAAUUCAACUUUCAAAAACUCGCAAGUGGAUAUUUAUGCUUAACCAAUUUGAGAGUUCCCCUUUUCUUUGGCUUCAAUACCCAUUAUAUCUGUAUUUUUAUUUGUUUGUAAUUUCUUGUGCAAUUUUUAGUUCUUGCAAAAAAACAAAAUUCGAAUUAGGUCGAAAAGGAUAUAAAGUAUACCGAAUUACAAAAAAAUAUGAAUUGGCAAGUAAGGAGGAAAAAUAAAAAUUGUUAACAGAGAAUCAUAUGUAUAAAUAAUGAAUUCUAACAAAACCCGUGUAAAGUAGUAAAUUGAAAUGCAUUAUUAUACGAGAAUGUAGGGAAUCCAUUUUGAAAGAGCAACCGAACGAUUUAAAUAUGAAUAUUUCCCUAACAACUAUAUUAAUGUAUGUGUACGUAACUUAAAAUCAUUUUCCACGCCAUCUGUGGAAAUCCAUAUACCAAAGUCAAAGGAACGAAGGAGAAAGAAAAAGGAGGACGGAAUGGCAAACUAUAAAGUAUCAUAUGUUUAUAUGUAGAUAUAUAUAUUUAAACAAGCCUAAUACAAAACAUGUAACUUUAUAGAGCGUUUCGUUUGUAAAUUCCCCAGAAAUCCCAUUUACCUCCCCAGCCCGAAUCCCAAUCCCAGGUGAAAAGACUUGUGAUUUGCAAUAGAACCGAAUAGUCAAGAAAAAAAAUCUUUACGAAGUAUUGGCUAAGCAACAUUGAGAGCAAAAUUCAACUCAAUCCAGAUACGUAACUUUCGGCCUCAUUCUGUAAGAAACUAAUUAUUUAAGUUUCAAUUAUGAAAAUUAUUAAAAAAAAAACGAACAAAAAAAAAAACGUAAAUAUAAAAAAGUAGAAAUUCACAAGAAACAAAAUUCGAAAGCGUUGAUUAAAAUAUAUAUAUAUGUGAAACAAAAACAAAAAACCUUAAACAAACCCAAACAUUUGUGCGAAAUUGGAACGAAAUGUGGAAGCUAAAUAAUUUGUUGUAAAUAAAAUUUAAACUUUAGUGUAAAGAAGAGAACGGAGAAUGCAGUGAAAGGGCUGCAAAGCGGAAAGCAUAAAGAAAAUUAUAACUAAAUUACAAAUGAGAUUUUGUUUUUAUUUGUAAUAUUUAUAAUAAAAAUAUAGUAUUUAAAAAUUU